CGCAAACCGAUAUAUGCCAGCCGGUUUGGGCAACUGGGCCGAUUCCAUCCAAGAAGAAGUAAAGGAGUAAAUCGCUGCGUUAUAAGACCGCCUGGCGCAUCGAUCGCUAGCUGUUCACACGCAGCACCAGUCCAGCGCAGACGAUGGCCCGGGUAGGCACCGGCGGCGGCGGCGGCGAUGUCGAGAUCGGGGGGCUUCCGGCGCCCGCGGGGGACCCUCGGCGGCGGGUCGUCGCCGCCGACGACUCCCUCGACGACGACGGCAAGCCCAGGCGGACAGGGACGGUGUGGACGGCGAGCGCGCACGUGAUCACGGCGGUGAUCGGCUCCGGCGUGCUGUCGCUGCCCUGGUCCGUGGCGCAGCUGGGCUGGGUCGCCGGCCCGGUCACGCUCCUGCUCUUCGCCCUCAUCACGUACUACACCUCCGUGCUCCUCGGCGACUGCUACCGCAGCGAAGACGCCGUCACCGGCAAGAGGAACUACACCUACAUGGAGGCCGUCGGGUCCCUCCUAGGUAAAGGUCAGGUGUGGUUCUGCGGCCUCUGUCAGUACGUCAAUCUUGUUGGGACUGCGAUCGGGUACACCAUUACAGCAUCCAUCAGUGCCGCGGCUUUGUACAAGGCCAACUGCUUCCACAGCAAAGGCCACUCGGCCGACUGCGGCGUGUACACCACCAUGUACAUGGUCGUGUUCGGGAUCUCCCAGAUCGUCUUCUCCCAGCUCCCCAACCUCCACGAGAUGGCCUGGCUGUCCAUCCUCGCCGCCGUCAUGUCCUUCUCCUACGCCACCAUCGGCGUCGGCCUCUCCUUGGCGCAGACCAUAACAGGUCCUACGGGCAAGACAACCAUCGGUGGCACUCAAAUUGGGGUCGACGUCACUUCGGCCCAGAAGAUAUGGCUGACAUUGCAAGCGCUCGGCAACAUCGCAUUCGCCUACUCAUACUCCAUGGUUCUUAUAGAAAUCCAGGACACGGUGAAGGCGCCGCCGGCCGAGAACAAGACGAUGAGGAAGGCGAACCUGAUGGGGGUCUCCACCACCACGGCCUUCUACAUGCUCUGCGGCUGCCUCGGCUACUCGGCCUUCGGCAACGACGCGCCGGGGAACAUGCUCACCGGCUUCGGCUUCUACGAGCCCUACUGGCUCAUCGACUUCGCCAACGUGUGCAUCGUGGUGCACCUCGUCGGCGCCUACCAGGUGUACUGCCAGCCCAUCUACGCCGCCGUGGAGAGCUGGGCGGCGGGGCGGUGGCCAAACUCGGAGUUCGUCGUCCGGCAGUACCACCCCUUCUCGGGCAAGUUCAGCCUCAACAUGUUCCGGCUGGUGUGGAGGACGGCGUUCGUGAUCGUGAGCACGGUGCUGGCCAUCUCGCUGCCAUUCUUCAACGACAUCCUCGGCCUGCUCGGCGCGCUCGGCUUCUGGCCGCUCACCGUCUACUUCCCCGUGGAGAUGUACAUCUCGCAGAGCAAGAUGAAGAAGUACUCCAGGAAGUGGGUGGCUCUGCAGACGCUGAGCUUCGCGUGCUUCGUGGUCACCGUGGCCGUCACCGUCGCCUCCAUCCAGGGGAUCACCCAGUCGCUCAAGAACUAUGUGCCGUUCAAGACCAAGUUGUGAACGGGAUUAGCUUAGCUGUGAGUAGAAAUUCUUUGACUUGUGUUUAUUUAAGAUUUUUCUCGAGAAAAAGGUGUCCUCUGUAGACUGUAUCUGUGUGCUAUGAUGUUUUUAGAUGAAGUGGAAAAUCCAAUGGGAAAUCUUUGGUA